AUGAAUAGCAAACUUAAGGAUCUCACGCUUUUGGACGGAUCGGACUUCGCCAAGAUUGCGGGUGGUUCCGACGUCUCGGGCCACGAAUCUUUCGAUGUUAUGGAUCCAGGCUCGGGCACGCCAAUAUGUCGGCUCACGGCGUCCAACCUCAAGGAUGUCGACGAGGCCAUCCACGCUGCCAAGCAAGCUUUUCCAACGUACUCGGCUAUACCCGCAAGGGAGAGAGCGAUGCUGCUUCUCAACUUUGAUCGGCUGGUCCGAGACAAUCUUGAGGAUCUUGCUUGGAUCCUCGUUUUCGAGACCGGCAAGCCGCUCGAAGAAGCGCGAGCAGAGGUGCAGUACGCGCUUACGUUCAGCUGGUGGUUCGUCGGUGAGGCGGAACGAAUCCAGGGUCAGGUGGUCAAGAGCGCAACCAACCCUUCACUGCGCUUCUUGACCGUUCUGCAACCUGUCGGGCCGGUGGCGAUCUUGACGCCGUGGAACUUCCCUGUGGCACUCUUCGUUCGCAAAGCCGUCAGUGCGCUUGCUGCUGGAUGCACCAUCGUAGUCAAGCCAUCGCCAGAGACGCCCCUGUCGACACUUGCCAUCGCCAACCUGCUUCGUCGGGCUGGUUUCCCUUCCGGUGCCGUCAACAUUGUUCUGGCGUCGUAUCGCAACACUCCUGCCAUCGGUCAAGCUUUGUGCACCGAUUCGCGCAUCAAAAAGCUCAGCUUCACUGGCAGUACUCGUGUGGGCCGAUUGUUGAUGCAGCAAUGCGCACCCACGCUCAAGAAGCUGACGCUGGAGCUGGGCGGUCUGGGCGCUUACCUGAUCUUUAGCGAUGCCGAUGUUGAGGCAGCUGCAACUGCGCUUGUUGCAAACAAGUUGCGGCAUGCGGGUCAGACCUGCAUUUCGGCGCAGAGAGCAUUCGUACACGAGUCUGUCCUCGAUCGCGUCUUGAAGAUCAUCGCAGAUCAGCUGGACAGAAUUACGCUCGGCCACGGAGCUGAUGCAUCCACCACGUUGGGACCGCUGCAGACCGAAAGAGGCCAGCAAAAGGCGCGAGAGCACAUCGCAGAUGCCAAGGCGAAAGGCGCCACCGUGUACACUUCGAAGGCUUCCUUGCCGAGCUCUGGUUACUUUGUUGCGCCAACCUUGCUCGCUGGUUGCACCGCGGAUAUGCUCGUGUUUCAAGAGGAAUCGUUUGCUCCGCUCAUCAACGUUGCGAGUUUCUCGACGGAGCAGGAGGCUGUUGCGCUUGCCAACGAUACCGACAUGGGCCUGACAUCGUACGUUUUCACCAAAGACUCGGCGCGUCUCUGGCGAAUGUUCGAGCAACUCAAGGCCGGCAACGUUGGCCUCAACGUCGGAGGGAGCACCACGGCGGCCGAGAUACCAUUUGGUGGUGUCGAUCAAUCAGGUUUCGGGAAGGAAGCCGGCAUCGGCGCCGGGCUCAAGGAGUACAUGACGGAAAAGUCAGCCACCAUGUCGAUAGCAUGA